UUCGCCCGCGCCGAGCCCGACGCGCGCGCCGACUGCGAGAGCCGCGCCUUCCACGAGCGCGCCUGGCGCCGCACGCGCAACGCCAGCCUGCGCCGAGAGGCCAAGGGGCUGGCGGGCGCGCGCGUGGCGCGGCUGGAGACGCAGGCCUUCCACUCGCGCUGCCCGCUGCCGCCGGCCGCCGUGCUGCUGCACCCGUACGACCAGCACGUGGCCGUGGCCUUCAAGGACAACUUCGGCGUGUGGGACUGGGGCACGGGCGCCAAGCUGUGCGUGGGCGCGUGGCGCCGCGCCUGGGGCCGCAUCUCGGCGCUGGAGUACCUGAACGCGCACGCCGCGGCGCUGCUGUGCGUGGCGUCGGCCAACGGCCACUGCGCGCUGUACCGGCCCGGCGCGUCGGCGCAGGAGCCGGCGCUGCUGGCGGCCUGGCGCGCGCUGGACGCCCGCCCCGCGCCCGACUACCGCCCGCCGCCCGCGCAGCCGCUCUACGGCGAGUGUUGCCACUCUCUCGAUCGCGCACCAAAUGCGCCAAAUGGCAUGGCCCCGUGCCGUAUCGAUGUGUCUGCCGAAUUCGUCGUCGCCUCCGACUGCGGUGGUUGA